AUGUUCCUCCAACCCUCUAAGCUAAUUCUGCCAUGCACUUCAUCACCAAAGCUCUUGCAUUUGCUUCGAUUGUCUCCGUUGCUUCAGCGUCGCUGCUCGUGCAGCGCCAGUGCAUUGGAAUCGGCCUUUCCUGUGGCCCCAGUAUCGGCAGUUGCUGCCCAGGAUUCACAUGUACUGAUGUUAUUCUGGGUGAAUCGAUAUGCACACCAAAUUUAUGUGGUGCUGUAGGCGACCCGUGUAUCACCUUGCCCACGGGCAAUAGUACCUGUUGUGAAGGCCUCAGCUGCUCGGCAGAAUUGAAUUGCCAAGCGUGAAAGAAAGACUAGCUUCGAUGUUGUAUGGUGUUCAAAUUUGACCUCGGUAUUCUUAGGGAAUUCAACUUCCCAUUCAUGUCUCGGGAUUCAACUCCCACAUUUACCUGUUCAUCCAUC